UUUUCUCUUUAGAACUCUUCAAUGUUUCAUUUACUUUUCGUUUGGGGCCUGUUGUAAACUUCCUGUUUAGUUUGCUAGCACCCAAGCAACAAGGUGGAUGGUUGAAAAAUCAUUCUUACUCUGUCGCUUCGCAACACUCUUUAGAAAUACUGUUGUUUGACGUGUAGCAUCCAGACCAUCUGCCUGGCAUGAUUGAGUCGCGCACCUUCAAUGUGGAAAGUCAUAGUAAAGUUGCAUUUCAUGUUAUGUAUGAUUUAUGGCGGCAGCAGCAGCUCUGUGAUGUCAUUAUCUCUGUAGAAGGACACCAGUUUCAUGCACACAAGAUCGUUUUGGCAGGAUGUAGUCCAUAUUUACGUGCCAUGUUUACAAAUGGCAUGUUAGAAUCUGAGAAAAACUGGGUAGAAAUCCAUGGUACAGACCAAAAUACCAUGGCAUAUUUAUUGGAGUUCAUGUACCGUGGUUCUAUUGAAAUCACAGUUGACAAUGUUCAGAGUUUGCUGCAAGGAUCCAGUCUCCUUGGUUUGCAUUCCCUAAGAAAUCUGUGUGCUCAUUUCUUACAAUCGCAACUAACAGCUUCCAAUUGCUUAGGUAUCCACUAUUUUGCUGACAUGUACACCUGUAUUGAACUUGAAGCUACAGCACGUCACUACAUUUACCAGAAUUUUCUAGAUGUCAUUCGUACUGAGGAAUACUUGCAAUUAUCUGAAGAACGGUUAUUAGAUUUGCUCAACAGUGAUAAACUGCAAGUAACAAGUGAACAUCAAGUGUUUGAAGCCGCAUGUCACUGGCUGCAGUGUGAUCUAAUUCAUCGUUCACAUGUUGCAUGUCGCUUUCUACAAGCUAUCAAACUCGUUCUGCUAGAUAUGGAAUACUUGCAAAAUAUUGUAAGCCAGUCUGACUGGGUUCGAAAUUGCCGGAAGUGCCAAGUUCGAGUGAACAAGGCACUGAUGAUGAAACAAAACAGUAAAGCACUUGAACAGAUCACUCCUCGUGCCCAGCCACCUAGUAUUUAUGUAAUAGGAGGACGCAACAGUAUUGACUCACAGUUAAAAAGUGUUGAACGAUAUGACUUCUUAUUGGACCAGUGGUCGACAGUGCCUAGCAUGAAUAUUGCACGGACAGCUGUUAGUGCAACUAGCUAUAAUGGUUUGCUUUAUGCUGUUGGUGGAGAGUGUGCUUUGGCAGAUACUCCUGAUGACACAUUAUAUUUGCGUUGUGUUGAGUGCUAUGAUCCAGUUCUUAAACAAUGGGAACUAAAACCUGAACUCAAAAUUGCUCGGUCAUUUAUUGCUGUGGCUUCAGUUGGUGGAUUUCUCUAUGCUAUAGGUAAGCUUCAUGGGAAAAGUUUAAAUGUUCAAUAUUUUUAACAUAAGCAGUAAGAU